CGGCAUCCUCACUCGAGAGCAGACCGAGGCAAAGACCGGACUGAGACACUCCUGAGAUUUCACAGCAAACAUAAGCACGGGGCUAUUGGUUUACGGAGCAAGUAAAAUAUUUUCUUAGAUCUUGUCCAAGUGCGAAGCCACGAUGAGUUUCAGUGACCUCAACGAGCUGCUGGACAUCCUGGGCGAGUUCAACCUGACCAUGCAGGACGGCGAUCACGACAACAUGUCCCACGUGGAGACGGAGCGCUGUGUCUUCGGCUUCAGCCUCAACGCCGUGCUCUACUCGCUCUCCGCGCUCUACAUCUUCAUCUUCCUAAUCGGCCUGGCCGCCAACGCGCUGGUGGUGUGGGUCAACCUGCGGGCCGAGCGCGGCCGCUACGAGACGCACCUGUACGUCCUGAACCUGGCCGUGGCCGACCUGUGCGUGGUGGCCACGCUGCCCGUGUCGGUCAGCUCGCUCCUGCAGCACGGCCACUGGCCCUUCGGCGGCGCCAUGUGCAAGCUCACCCACCUGGUGUUCAGCGUCAACCUCUUCAGCAGCAUCUUCUUCCUGGUGUGCAUGAGCGUUGACCGCUACCUGUCGGUGGCGAUGUUCGGCGACGCUAAUAGCCGCAGUAAGAAGGUGGUGCGGCGGCUCAUCUGCGUCCUCGUGUGGCUGCUGGCGCUCGCCGCGUCGCUGCCCGAGAGCUACUACCUGGACGCGGUCAAGUCCGCCCACUCGGAGCACGUCCAGUGCCGGGCCACGUACCCCGAGGAGCGCGAGUGGACGGCGGGCGUCCAGCUGAGCUUCAUGGUGCUGGGCUUCGCCAUCCCGUUCCCGGUCAUCUGCGUCUUCUACUUCCUGCUGGCCGGCGCGCUGUCGUCCAGCACGGACCCCGAGCGGCGGCUGAGCCGCAGGAUCAUCUUCACCUACAUCGUGGUCUUCCUGGCGUGCUGGCUGCCCUACCACGGCGUGCUGCUGGUGGAGACGCUGGCCGUGCUCAACGUGCUGCCCUUCAGCUGCCGCCUCGACCACUUCCUGUCCGUGGGCCUGCAGCUGACCCAGUGCCUGUCGCUCGUGCACUGCUGCGUCAACCCGGUCAUCUACAACUUCAUCAACAAGAACUACCGCUACGACCUCAUGAAGGCCUUCAUCUUCAAGUACUCCACCAAGACCGGGCUGGCCAAGCUCAUCGACGCCUCCCGCGUGUCCGAGACCGAGUACUCGGCCGUGGACAAUCGCGCUCCGCUGUGAGCGGAAAGCAGUGACCGCUGAGAGACAGGAAAUCAUCUCAAACUGUUGAACGGACAUAAGAAUCAACUCUGUACAGUUUUUAUUCUAUUUUAUUUUAUUUCUUUAAAAAAAUCUUCAAUUUGUAUCAAACUAGAAGAUGCCUUGCUUUUCCUUGCCUUGCCUUUCCUUUGUAAAUGGCUCCUUCUGUAAUUUGUCACCUGUGGAUUUUUU